AUGAUCGAGCGUCCUCUGACCGGCUUUCAGCUCGUGGAUGCUCCCACGCAGCAGAAGCACGCCUUCGUCCUCGCCAAUCCGCAUGGCUACAUCUUCACCCUGGCAGCUCUGGCCACCGGUGUGCUCAGGAUCACCCUGACCGGUCCCGACAGGCCACCGCCUCCGCACAGCAACGUGACUCUCAAUGGUGCCCCCAUCCCGCUCGCGUCUGUCGAGAACGACGCUCGGCUCAGACGCGCAGUCCUGCGUCCCCCUCCGGACUCCUCCUCGCAGGGGGGCCGCGGCGUGCCCCGAUACGAGAUCCACAUCGACUGGGAGGACACAAUCGUACUCGAGAUCUUUCAGCUGACGCCCGGCGCGGAGCCCCUGCGCAUCUUUGGAGACACCCCGCACAAGUCCUACUGCCUCAACCACGCCGGAAUCACCAGGCACACCCGCCUCGACGUCAACUCCUUGCACCUUGGACUCGGCGAAAAGGGGGCGCCGAUCGACCUCUCCAACCGUCGCUUUACCAUCACAGGAAGCGACGCCGCAGGCUACGACGCUUACCUCUCCGAUCCGCUGUACAAGCACACCCCUUUCCUCGUCUCGAUCCCGAAACCGCUCGCGGAUGACCCAACGGAUGACCCAACGGACCGUCCUCUUCGUGCUGCCGUCGGACUCUACCACGCAUCCAACUCGGACGCCACAUGGGACGUCGGAAAAUGGAUCAACGAGCCUUGGACGCUCUUCAAGAAGUUCGAGCAAGAGUGCGGCGGCCUCGAGGAGUACAUUAUAAUCGGCGACGGCCUCUCGGACGUGGUGGCCGGCUUCGCCGACCUUGUCGGUCGUCCCAAGCUCGUGCCGCGCGAUUGGCUCGGAUACCUUGCAAGCGGCAUGGGGCUCGGAGAGAGCGACGAACCCAUCGCACAGGAGCUACUGUCCGGCUGGCCGGAGCUGUGCAAAAAGUGGGACAUUCCGUGCUCGGCCAUCCAUCUUUCGUCCGGCUACACGGUCGACGAAAAGGGCAACCGGUGUGUCUUCACCAUGAACACCAGGCGAUACCCUGACUUUGCCGAGAUGUGCCGCGUCUUCCACAGGGCUGGCAUGAAGGUCACGCCUAACGUCAAGCCCUACGUGCUCGAGGACCAUCCAGAUUUUAAGAAGCUGCAUGACGCGGGUGCACUCUUCACUGAUCCGUCGACGGGUAAGGCCGUUGUCACUCGCAUUUGGUCUUCGCUGCCGGGCAUCAACGCAAAGGGCAGCUGGGUCGACCUCACCAGCCAGGCGGGACAGGAUUGGUGGCGCGAUGGCAUCCUGGGCCUUGUCGAUCUCGGAGUCGACGCGAUCUGGAACGACAACAACGAGUUUCUGCUCUUCGAUGACGAGUACAUCUGCAAGAACAACUCGGCCAACGCUCCGAACGCGGUGCGAGGACCAAUCAAACUCGGCCUGGUCGGGCGUAUGACAAAUACCGAAAUGAUGGCCAAGGUCAGCCACGACGCCCUCCUCGCGCGGCAUCCCGAUCGCAGGCCGUUCGUCUUGACCCGCUCGGCCAACGUUGGCACGAUGAGGUACGCCGCCUCGACCUGGUCGGGAGACAACCGCACCUGCUGGAAGAGUCUGCAGGGCGCCGUAGCGAUGAACCUCAAUGCCCAGCUCUCGCUCAUGCAGUCGUACGGCUCGGACGUGGGCGGCUUCGCCGGCCCGCUGCCUUCGCCCGAGCUCUUUGUGCGCUGGGUCCAGAUGGGCGUCACCCAUCCGCGAUUCUGCAUCCACUCCUUCAAGCCCAACGAAAAAGAUCCCUCGGGCAGCGCGACGAACAAUCUUCCGUGGAUGUAUCCCGAGGUGGUCGACAUCAUCCGCAACGAGAUCAAGCGGCGCUACGAACUCUUGCCCUUCUUCAACAACCUGAACUGGCAGUCGCACCUGCGUGCCACGCCGCCCAACACAUGGCUUGGCUGGGGCGAGUUCGCAACCGACCCGACGCUCUAUUCAAAAGAGAUUCUCGACGGCUUCGACUACUGGCUUGGCCACGGCCAGCUGCUUGUGUGUGGCGCCUACUUUGCCGAGCAGGUGUCACGUCGAGUCUACCUGCCGCGCACGUCCAAGGAAGACACGGCGGUCUACUACGACCUGCACGAACCGUACGGCGUGCACGCCGCCGGGAGCUGGCUCGACAACGUCUCGACGCCGCUGGAGCACUUUGCCAUGUUUGCGCGCGAAGGCACCGCGCUACCGAUCGGCAGGGACUCGGUCACACUGACGCAGAGAUCCGGUCCGGCCAUCGAGACCGGUGACGGCGUCAAGGUGAGGACCGUCGAAGAGGGGGGGCUUGCGACGUACGACGACUGGCGAGGUCUAGAGGUCUUUCCCUCGCCGCCCGGCGCAACCGGCCGCGAGUACGUCUACCGCUGGAUCGAGGACGACGGCGUCAGCGAAAACCCGGAGACUGCUGCAUUCGAGGUGCAAUUCGGCGCAGAGGCAGACACGAACUCGGUCCGGGUCGCGGUCAAGGUCGAGGCCGGACAGUUCAAGCCGCUGUGGCUGCCCCGCGUGUGGAUCGCACUGCCCGUCGGCGACGACCGAUCCGUUUCAACCGCGGUCGAGGUGACCACUUGGAAGAGCCGAAAGGUGUAUGCUAUCGAUGUCGCCUGA